CGACUGUAUUGGUGGCUUGAGUUAGGUUUUACAUUUUAGGGUUCAAAGCUGUGACAUUGUUCUGAUUCUCUUGGUAUGGCGUAUGGUACUAGGUAGUCUAGUAGAAAUGCUAAGGAUGAUGAAAAUAAUGAUUUGAAAGGAAAGUUAAAAUAGUGGCAAAAAGUCUGUGAAUUUGGGGUCUGCUACAGCAGAAGCAUCUGGUAUUAGGAGGUCACCUAGGGAAACCCUAUAUAAGGAAAACACGACUCUGACAAGUUCUUCUGGUAUGCGGAAGUUGGAGCUUCUUGAGAAGCAGACUGCAAAUUUGAAUUCAAUGACUCCUCCAGCUAAGAGGAAAAGUGAGCGAGUUGAGAAGAAAAAAGAGAACAUGAGUCCUUUGAGGAGAUCUGAGAGGGGUGAGAUGUCCUCCUCCUCAUCUUCUUCUGGAUCAAAGAGGUCUGAUAAGAGCAUAGAUGUGUUGAAUAUGAAAAGGAAGAAAGAGAAAAAAGAAAAGUGUGUGAAACAAUUGACAAUGCAAACUGCGGAAGUUAACAAAAUUAAGCAAAAAGAUGCACAAGCUGAAGGGACACAGAAGAAGAGAAGGGAUGCUCGUUCCUAUAUAGCACUGUUCACGAAACAACCCAAGAAUGUUGGGAACAGAUAGUUGCAAUGAUCUGAAUGGAACUGCUAGUAGGAGGGAGGAGGACGUUUUAGAAGAAUUCACCAAGAGAACUCAUGAAAGGACUAUGGCGACAAGUACAAGUCAAUUUGCUGAGGAAAAACUUAAAAGAAAUGAUGGGCAUAAAUUGUUUCCCACUAGCCAAAAGAAUAGCUGCAAGAAUAUGUCUUCUAAUGGGGGUGAUCCACAAAUGUUUCAGAAUGUUUUGGGAGCAGGAGAAACGAAUGAUGAUGCUGAAACAACCGCAUUUAUAAAUCUGCAAAGUCCACAGUUGGUAAACUCCAUCGUGCCUGGAGGGGUCCUUGAUUGUGAUAUAAGUGUGGAGAUGGUUCCAAAAUUUUUGCCUUCUGAAAGGAAAGGUCAUGAUAUAGACAUUGAUUCUGUUGCUUCUCCAAAAAUGUCGAGUAAUGAUAUUGACACCUGCACUGGAGUUGGAACUUCAUUUGCAUCUGGUUGCAAAAGAAAAAAUUUCACAGAGAUUUGUGGAUGUGUUCUGAAAGGAAAAGAUACUGAUUUAUUAUUAGUUGGAUGGUAAUUCAACAUGAUUUUA